GGGGGGCAAGAUGGCGGCCCCGCAGAGAGGAAGAACCUCCCUCCUGUCCUCUGUGCCGCUGCAGAUCCAGUUCUAUCUCAGUGGACUCUAUUUCCCCGUCUACUUCCUGGCCUCCCUGCUCAUGAUGGUCUUUUACAAAAGACACUUCUUCGUUUAUCCUCCGAAUUACCUCACCAUGGACCUGAGCCUCCUCUGUGCGCUGGGCCUUCUGGAGGUCCUGCGGCUCCACGUGGGGAGCAAGGGGAACCUGGUGGAGGAGGAGGUCCUGCUGGGCAGCAGCCUCGCGCUCACCAUCGUCAACACCCUCCUGUCCGUGUACUUCCUGCUGUGGGCCACCUACGUGCUGCGGGCCGACGUCUUCCUCAACACCGUCCUGCUGGCCUUGUACAACCUGGAGGGCGUCCUGCAGAUGGUGACCAUCGCCGCCUUCCUCAGCUAGCCCUGCCCGGGGGCUGCCCUGCCGCCGCAGAGACGACGGGACGCCGAGCCUCGUGCCCGGGCGGCAGGCGGGACUUGGCGAGCGGCUUGUAUUUCACACUUUUUAAUGCUCUCCAAUAAAAUCUCAGACUCCCCCCCUGGA